AUGUAUAGACCUGUCGAUUAUCCCUCACACUCACAUAUCAACACAGAUGAAGUUAUAGACCCAUUCGCAAUCACCAACUUCAAUUUUGAUAGACUCAAUCCAACUGCUAUCAAAGGAAACACCAUGUUGGUUGGAAGAUCGAAGAAAGCCAAACACAGGACCGAUAAGUUGAAGUUGGAGAAUAUUCCAGAAGAAACAGAACUAUAUGUAGAUAACAGAAAUGAAGAUACUCAUGCAGAAGAACUUGAAGAAGCGUGUAUUCACUUGGAGAUGGAUUUGCAAGUACUGAGGAAGUCCAUGGAUGUAGGACUUUGUGUACUCUGUCUAGGAUUAGGUUACAUGGUUUCUACUAAGUUUCGACCACGACAGAAAUUUUCUUCACUUUUACCAUCAUCAUUUUUCUUCUUAUAG